CACUGCCAGUUCUGUCAGCUCUGUGACCAAUCCAUCUCUGAGGCAUUAGUCUCUGGUCCCAGUAAGGUUGCAGUUUUAAACAGUGCCGUUUUGCAAGGAACAUGAAGUUGCUUCUUGCAUUUGCAGUUUGUUUGGAGCUGUUCACACCUUGGGUUGUGUCAAAUUAUGUAGCAGUGCCAUGCAGUGAUAAAGAAGCUCUUGCAGUGGCAGAAAAGGCCAUUGAACACAUCAAUAGGGACCGAAAACACGGAUUCAAGUACGCUGUGGACAGAUUAGAGAAUGCUCAGAAGGAGACAAAUGGAAAUACAACCUACUAUUUAGACAUCGAUGUUCGAGAAACUAAGUGCCAUGUGCUGAUCCGUAAACCAUUGAAGGACUGUAAAAUUCGACCAUUCCUGGAAACUAAAGGAGAUGGAGAUUGUAAGGUACUCAUAGAAACCACACCCGAAGGUACCAGUCAUGUGAAUGGCUACAAGUGUGAUGUGUCUCCAGAUUCAGCUGAAGAUGUUUUGGAAAGAUGUCCUGACUGUCCAGUUCUAAUACCAGUAACCAGUGAGCAAGCGACACAUGCUGCACAGGUCUCACUUAACAAGUUCAAUGAAGUGAGCAACCACACACAUCAUUUUGAUCUUCAAGAAAUAGUACGAGCUUCUGUAACCGGAAUCGUAUCUAUGGUAACAGUAGAAUUUCUCAUGAAAGAGACAACAUGUCUCAAAAACAGCGAUAUAUGUACUCUCCAGAUUCUUCCAAAUCCUGACCUUGGAUUCUGCAGAGCCACUGUCACUCCUAGCAGUGACAGUACAGAGGGAAUUAUUCUGGAAUGUGAAAUCUACAACCCUCAGGUGGCGAGAGCAGAAGGUGAUGGUGCUGCUCCCCCAGCAGCAGAAGGUGAUGGUGCUGCUCCCCCAGAAGCAGAGGGUACUGGUCAUCCAGAUGCAAAAGACCAGACUGUUAUUCAUCAAGAAGUUGUUCAUGAUGAAGCCACCGUAGCACCAGACGUCGAAGAAUCUAUGACUGUUGCUCCUAAACGCAAACGAUCAGCAGGCAAAGAGUCAUCAGAAUCCUCUGAAGAACACGUCUCUGGUUCUGGGAUGAAAGUAGUAUUCCCUGACCUCCCUGCAGAUCUGACAACCUGCCCAGGAAUUCACAAGUAUCAUGAGCAUCAGUAAACUGAUUUAAUUCCCUUUUUAAAAGGCAAAGCCAUUCUUAACAACAAGAUUGCAUUGUUAUAUGAAUAAUUAACUGCACCAGAAUAAGGAAGAUUUCCAUUUCCUCCUUAUGGAGAUUUAUAAUAAUAAAACAAAACAAAUUUACAUGAGAAUUGCACAAACGAAGUAUGUAUUGCCCCGGUAGCAGCAAUUGUCACUAGAAAUUUUUGGGGUUCUUGAAUUUUUGUUGUGUGAUCUUUUCUUUGUGUGUGCAAUAAAAUAUAUUAGAAAUUA